AAAUUCGCGCUUCUGGUGGAUAGUUUUACAUGUGCAUAUAUAGCUAUAUGGUAUCCCUUCGAAGACGUACGAACUAAACUGUAGCAAACGUAGUUUCAAUUCAACUGCGAUAAUGUUCAGACGGUUAGAUUUCGCCGUGCUAAUUAAUUGCUUGUUGCUUUCUUUGUGUCCUUGUAAUGGAGCUCGGAUCUUGGGAGUGCUUCCUUCAGCAGGAUGGUCUCAUUACGCUAUUGGAGAAGGGAUAAUGAAAGCUUUAAGCCGCGCAGGUCACGAAGUAACCGUUAUCGGUUCUAACAGUUGGAAGCAAGCUCCUAACAACUACCGAAGUAUUGAGUUGAAGGAAUUGAUGUUCGAUAAACAAGGUUCUGAACCCGAUUUGUUCCAGUAUCGAAAUGAUCCGUAUUUGAAAGUCUUAUACCUACUAUACACGAUGAUUGGACCAAGCUUAUCAGAAGUGAUUUUGACCCAUCCUAAAGUGAAAACGCUUAUGAAUUCAGGAGAACAAUUUGAUGUCGUUAUUGUAGAAUGUUUUGUAAGCGACGUGCUAUAUGGAUUUGCCCAGCAUUUUAAUGCUCCAUUAGUUGUAUUUUCUCCAUUUGGUGCUUCGUUAUGGGCCAAUGAAUUAAUAGGAACUCCUUAUCCAUUCUCGCAAAUUCCGCACACGUUUCUUAGUUAUACAGAUCGAAUGUCAUUCGGUGAAAGAUUUAUUAACACACUUCUAUGGAAUGUGGAUAGUUUUUAUUACAGAAACAUAUUUCUGCCUCGCCAAGAAGAAAUGUACAAAACAUAUUUUCCAAAUGCAAUGCAAUCGUUACCUCAGGUUAUGAAAAAUGUCAGUUUGGCUCUCUUGAAUCAGCAUUUUAGUUUGAGUUUCCCACAUCCAUACGCUCCGAACAUGAUUGAGAUUGGUGGUAUUCAAAUUGAUGACCCAAAGCCUCUUCCUGAGGAUCUUCAGCAUAUCUUGGACAACUCGAAGCAUGGCGUAAUCUAUUUCAGUAUGGGAUCAAUGCUGAAAGGGUGUAGAUUUCUAGAAGAAAAACGUAAUGCGUUCAUUUCAGCAUUCUCUAAGCUAAACGAAACAGUUCUUUGGAAAUACGAGAACACAAGUUUGCCUAAUAAACCGAAAAACGUUUUCAUAAGGAAGUGGAUGCCGCAGAGUGAUGUUCUUGCUCAUCCUAAUGUUAAACUGUUCAUAACGCACGGGGGACUUCUGGGCUCCACAGAAUCUCUGUACCACGGUAAACCUAUGGUCGGGGUUCCCAUUUAUGGAGACCAGCGUUUAAAUAUGGCACGUGCCGAGAAAGCAGGUUAUGGAACUCAUAUCGAAUAUGAAAAUUUAAGCGAAGAAACCAUCUCCAAUGCAAUAAGAUCCGUUCUAGAUGAUCCAUCGUUUAGUAGCAAUGCUCAAUUGAUCUCAGAGAGAUACCGAGACAAACCUAUGACACCGGCCCAACUAGCGGUUUAUUGGAUAGAAUACGUUGUUAGACAUCGUGGUGCCCCACAGUUGCGCUCCGCUAUUUUAGAAUUAUCUUUCAUCGAGCGUAACUUGAUUGAUGUCUAUAGUGUGAUGAUGUUAUUAGUCGGAACGGUUUUGGUAUCUCUAUGUGUGGCGCUUAGGAAAAUAAUGAGAUUUAUUGGCCUGAUGCCAAAAAGAAUUGAUAAAAUUAAACAGCAGUGAAAGCGUGAUAGGUAAACGGCUGCGUCUUAUCUCAAUAGUUUUUAAUUUUGGCUUGCAAGUUACCUGACUUUGAGGAGUACAAAAUAUAGUAGACAAGUGUUGUUAUUGUUACUUAUGAAGAUGAAUCAUGUAAAUAUAAUAAAUUCAAAUUUUACGUUCUUCUUACAGCUAA